AUGAACCCACCAACACCAACCCCCGACGAAUUCUCCUCUCUUCCUCUCGAAUUCAUCCCCUUCCCUCCUCUCCCUUCCCAAACCUCCCCUACUCCAAUCCAAACCCCGCCCGUACCCGUACCCGCACCCGCACUUCCAAAUACGAACGCCUUCCUCUCCUUCCCCAUUCCCAAAAAACGCCGCCGGGGCCGUCCCCAAAAAACGCAAACCUCCUUUCACUUCCCCCAAUUUUUCCCACCCAAUACCACACAAAACCAACAACAUAAGCAACCAAUCCCCGAUAUCUCUGAAGAAAUCAUAGUAAUCAACAAAGAGUCAACAAACGAAGCCUUAAUUGGUCUUUCUGCUGGAUUUCCUGCUGAUUCCUUAACCGACGAGGAAAUAGAUGCCCGUGUGGUCACGAAUAUCGGCGGAAUCGAACAGGUUAAUUACAUUUUAAUUAGGAAUCAUAUAAUUGCGAAAUGGCGUGAGAAUAUUAAUGUUUGGAUAACUAAAGAAAUGUUUGUUAAUUCCGUGCCGAAACAUUGUCAUGGGUUGUUAGAUUCUGCUUACAAUUAUCUGGUUUCGCACGGGUAUAUUAAUUUUGGGGUUUCGCAGUCGAUAAAAGAAAAAUUCCCUAAUGAGUAUACAAAGUCGAAUGUGAUUGUUGUUGGGGCAGGAUUGGCGGGGUUGAGUGCAGCGAGGCAGUUAAUGAGGUUGGGAUUUAAGGUUACGGUUUUGGAAGGGAGGAAGCGUGCGGGGACGUUGGGGAAUCCAUUGGGGAUUUUAGCGAGGCAGUUGGGGUAUUCGAUGCAUAAGGUGAGGGAUAAGUGUCCGCUUUAUAGUUUGGAUGGGAAACCAGUUGAUUUGGAUAUGGAUAUGAAGGUUGAGACGGCAUUUAAUAGGUUAUUGGAUAAAGCGAGUAGGCUUAGGCAGUUGAUGGGUGAUGUCUCGGUGGAUGUGUCGUUGGGGGCUGCGCUGGAGACAUUUAGGCAGGUUUAUGAGGAUGCGGUGAACAAGGAGGAGAUCAAUUUGUUUAAUUGGCAUUGUGCUAAUUUGGAGUAUGCAAAUGCAGGUUUGUUGUCAAAGUUAUCAUUGGCAUUUUGGGACCAGGAUGAUCCAUAUGACAUGGGAGGUGAUCAUUGUUUUUUGCCUGGAGGAAAUGGGAGGUUGGUUCAGGCUUUAGCUGAGAAUGUAUCAAUUUUAUAUGAGAAGACUGUGCAUACUAUUAGGUAUGGAAGUGAUGGGGUGCAGGUUAUUGCAGGUAGUCAAGUCUUUGAGGGGGAUAUGGUGUUGUGUACGGUUCCACUUGGGGUGUUGAAGAGUGGGUCAAUCAAGUUUAUUCCUGAGUUGCCACAGAGGAAGCUUGAUGGGAUAAAAAGAUUAGGAUACGGACUGCUGAAUAAGGUUGCGAUGCUUUUUCCGUAUGUGUUUUGGGAAACUGAUCGGGAUACAUUUGGACAUUUGACUGACGAUACGAGCUCUCGAGGGGAGUUCUUCUUGUUUUAUAGCUAUGCAACUGUAGCUGGGGGUCCAAUCUUGAUUGCUUUAGUAGCAGGGGAAGCUGCACAUAAAUUUGAGAGUAUGCCACCUACAGAUGCGGUGACCAAGGUUAUUCAGAUUCUUAAGGGCAUUUAUGAACCACUAGGAAUCACUGUCCCAGAGCCUAUCCAAACUGUCUGCACUAGAUGGGGUAGCGAUCCAUUUACCCUUGGUUCUUACUCUAAUGUUGCAGUUGGGGCAUCAGGAGAUGACUAUGAUAUAUUAGCAGAAAGUGUGGGAGAUGGGAGACUUUUCUUUGCGGGGGAGGCCACAACGAGGCGAUAUCCUGCAACUAUGCAUGGAGCUUUCCUCAGUGGGUUAAGAGAAGCUGCAAACAUGGCUCACUAUGCUGGCACUCGAGCCUCAAGGAUGAAGGCUAAUCGAACCCCAUCUAAGAAUGCCCACACCUGUGCUUCCCUUCUUGCAGAUUUAUUUAGGGAGCCAGAUAUAGAGUUUGGGAGUUUUUCUGUUAUUUUUGGCAAAAAGAAUCCUGACCCAAAGUCAGCGGCAAUUUUAAGGGUGACAUUUAGUGAACCUCGAAAGAAGACUCAGGAAGGUUCUAGGCCAGAUCAACAGCAUUCUAAUAAGUUACUUUUUCAGCAGCUUCAGUCACAUUUCAAUCAGCAACAACCGCUUCAUGUGUACACUUUAUUAUCAAAACAACAGGCGCUUGAGUUGAGAGAGGUGAGAGGGGGUGAUGAAAUGAGGAUGAAUUAUCUCUGUGAGAAGCUAGGAGUGAAAUUGAUUGGGAGAAAGGGUUUGGGUCCCACUGCUGAUUCACUCAUUGCUUCUAUUAAAGCUGAGAGAGGUGGUCGCAAAGCCACUGCUACUUCGUUGGGUCUAAAGUCAGGGACAUUCAAACUACAAAAGGGCACUUUGAAGCGAAAAUUGGUCAGGAGGGCUAAAAUAGUGCGCAGCAGCAAUAAGUCUGUACCUACACCCAAUUCAAUCAUGGUUAAUGCUAAGGUGUCUGAAGAAAUUCGGACAACAAAUCAGGUGCCUUCUGAAAUGAAUAGUGCAGAACAAACUCAAGUGGACUUGUGGAAGAAUGAUCAGACAGCACCUUCCUGA